AUGGCGCCUCUAACCAACGGCACACAUACGACACGUGAUCUAUCAGUCAUCAACAAGACCCGCCAGACACUUCCUGGACCACAAUUGCUCCAUGAGUUGAUUGCAUUCGACCAGACACAACGGCUGCUUCUCGACUUCCUCACAUCUGGUGGGAAGAGGAUUCAGCUCACAUACCAUGACUUCCAUCGCCUUACGGGCUUGCUCUCGCGGGACAUCCAGACACGGCUCAAACGUAUCUCGCGGCAGAGGUAUAUUGUCCCAGUCAUCAUACCACAAAGCCCAGAGCUUUACAUAGCAUGGGUAGCGGUGUUGAAAGCCGGUGCCGGCUUCUGUCCUGUGGCUCAUGAUGUCCCUCUGGAAAGGCUCAAGUUUAUUGUCAAAGAUGUCGAUGCUUCCUUCAUUCUGACGAUACCAAGCAUGCUGGAAUCCGUCCGGAGCAAAACUGCAAAUGUCGAUUGCAUGCCAAUAUCACUCAAAGACCUGGAAGCCAGGUUAGGGUCCGACUGGGAGGACGAAUCCAAGCUCGAGCUUUUGAACCGGACGAAGCCAAGUGACCCAGCUUAUGUCAUGUAUACUUCCGGCUCUACGGGUCUGCCGAAAGGAGUCGUCGUUUCGCAUUCCUCGGUGUCGCAAUCAAUCCUUGCUCAUGAUGAGCACAUACCUUCGUUCAAGCGGUUCCUUCAAUUUGCUUCACCAACCUUCGACGUCUCAGUAUUUGAGGUGUUUUUUCCCUUCUUUCGAGGUGCAACUCUAGUCGGCUGUGAUCGCGAGCGUAUGCUCAGUGAUCUCCCUGCUACCAUCCGAUGUCUCGAGGCGGAUGCUGCAGAGCUCACUCCUACGGUUGCGGGGACGUUGUUGAGGACCAGAGAUGCAGCGCCUUGUCUGAAGACACUGCUGACGAUCGGUGAAAUGCUUACUUCCCAAGUGGUUCGGGAAUUUGGUGGAGGUCCUGACAAAUCGAGCAUGUUAUACGCCAUGUAUGGCCCAACCGAAGCUGCAAUACACUGUACACUUGCGCCAAGAUUAUUUUCAGAUGCGUCGGUGAGAAGCAUUGGUCGACCUCUCUCAUCAGUAACAGCUUUCAUUCUUCAGCAGUCCGAUCACCUUCAAGUAGCGCCUGUUGGCGAAUCAGGUGAACUCGCCGUUGCAGGUCAGCUCGCUGAUGGGUAUUUGAACCGACCGGAUCAAAACAGUGCAGCAUUUGUUGAGCUUCCCGGAUAUGGACCAGUCUACAGAACCGGUGAUCGAGCUGUUUGUCUCCCAGACGGUAAUAUCGAAAUACUUGGCCGAAUGACCUCGGGCCAAAUCAAGCUAAGAGGACAAAGGGUCGAGCUAGGUGAAGUCGAAGAAGUCGCAUCAAAAGUCGACGGCGUUCGGCUCGCCAUUGCCAGCGUCAUUGACGACAACAUGGUGCUCUUCUGCGCAACAAACAACGAAGUCAAGACUGUGGACGUAUCUGCCAUGUGCAAAUCUUGGUUGCCACCUUACAUGCGCCCGGCCAGAAUCAUCCUCAUAACGGGUGAAAUACCGCGCUUGCCUUCCGGCAAGGUUGAUCGCAAGACCCUCGAACAAGAUUUUCGGGAUUCGCAGCAAUCGUCUCGAUCGCCGGACACAUUCGAGAACCAGACCGAGAGAGACAUAGCCGAUGUAUUGGAACAAGAAAUGGGCCACUGCCCUGACAGGCUGAGCUCCUUCGCAUCACUGGGGCUGGACUCUCUUCGGGCGAUCAAGAUCACAUCCCGCCUCCGCCCAACCUAUAGGCGAGUAGAUAUUGGCAUGAUAGCCGAGUCUGACAACAUUGCGGAUCUAUCGGCGCUUUUACAACGCGAAGCAAGCAGUGGCAGUCCCCAACAGCUCGGGUCCCCAUACGAAGCAUCGCAGGAAUGGGAGAUGAUCCAGGAAAAAGUGAUGGCAAGCUCACCAGUCAAGGAGCUCCAUGCUUCUUGGGAGAAAUUGAUUCCUUGCAGCCCUAUGCAGGUAGCGAUGAUUGUGGAAACAGCAGCAAACGGGGAGCUCAACUUCAACCAGAUCUGGCUCCGGUGCUCUCCAGAAAUUCGCUUCGAAGAUGUGCGCCGGGCGUUUCAUGCUUUAGCGGCACGUAAUGAGAUCCUGCGGUCUGGAUUUGUCCCUACCGCAGAGGCGCAGAUGCCGUUUGCACAAAUCGUCUGGAAGGACCUUGUGGACAACGACCUUGGUCUGCUCCAUCCUUUACAAAUAACGCCGCAACCUGCGACUGAAAAUGACGGCAAUAUCCUCAUUACUCUUCACCAUGGCCUCUAUGAUGGCUGGUCUUGGGAUCUGAUUAUUGACGACGUGAACCAAAUCCUUACAGGCGACCAACCACUCGACAGACCGCAAUACUCAGAGUUUGCUUCCUAUCAGCGCUCAACUACUCUUGGUGACGACACUGAGGAUGUUGCCUACUGGAAGGACUUGUUUCGGGAUUUCGUGCCUUCGACAUUUCCUAUCCUGUCAUCUUCUCAACCAAAGAGCCCGUGCAGGGUGUCAAUCGUUCAUCCGUUGACCACCUCUCACAGUCUACUUUCUGUUACUGCAAACGCCCUGCGGUGUAGCCGAGAGACGAUCUUACAAUCCGCAUGGGCUGCCUUGCUAUCGUCGUAUGUUGACAACUCGGACGUUGCUAUUGGAGUUGUGUCUGCUGGCAGACAUCUCCCACUGCUAGGCAUAGAGUCUAUCAUUGGCCCUUGCUUAUCGACAAUUCCCAUGCGUCUUGACAUGGGCGCCGUGAGAACGGCAAGGGACAUCAUCAACCAAGUGCAAAAGCAGCGUACACACUAUCUUAAGUCCCGCUCAAUCACGCUUCGCGACAUCAACAUAGCUGCAGGCAUAACGCCCGGCAACAGACUGUUUGACACACUAUGUGUGUGGCAACAAAUUGAUGAAGGACAACAUCGCGAUACAUCGAAGAUUCAUACUACAAAGAGUGAAGACGUCCUGGACUACGCUGUCGUCCUAGAAUUUGAGCCCGGUGAUGGGUCCGUUUCCCUGAAGAUGUCUUUUGACACAGGCCGAAUCCCUGAAAUCCAUGCAAGGUUGUUGAUUGCGCAGCUGGAUGAGGUCACCAAAAAGAUAUUGAGUGAUUCUGAGAUUGAGCUCAAUCAACUCUGGGGGAAAUCUGAGCCACACCUCAUGUCACUCGCUAAUACCGAAUAUGAGCACUUCGAAUCGAGCUUCGAUCUUACAACAACCAUUCAAAGUCUGGCAGAAACGCAACCCGAUCGACUCGCAGUGGACUUCGUGCAGAAUUUUGGUGAGGAAAGCGGAAUGGUUGAAAGGGAGACACUGACCUACUCCGAGCUCUUCACGUACGGACUGAACAUAGCCUCAACCUUACGGGAUACCUACGGAGUGAAGCAAGACGAUAUUGUGUGCCUGAUUGCCGGCAGAUCUCUCGACCUCUACAUCGGCAUUGUGGCUGUGAUAAUGGCCGGUGCUGGCUACAUGUGUAUCGACCCUCGCACGCCGCCAGACAGGAUACGUCAGAUUUUGAGCAUCUCCAGCACUCGUGUGGUGUUGGUCGCUGAUGACUUCGAACUUGAUCUGGGCAAUACGAAGCUAGCGUGUCUUGCGAUAUCGCACCUCCGUGAAGGAUCGAAACACACUAAGGACCAGUGUAUUUUCAAGGCCGGAAGGGAUCAGCUUGCAUACGCAGUAUUUACGUCUGGCAGCACGGGUGUUCCUAAGGGUGUUCUCAUCACCCGUAAAAACCUUCUCAGUAAUCUGGAACAGUUAUCACACAUCUACCCAUGUACACCUCACGAAGACCGCCUGCUACAGUCUUGCUCUCCCGCCUUCGAUGUCUCAGUCUUCGAAAUUUUCUGGACAUGGCAUAUGGGCAUGACGCUAUGCACGGCCUCCAACGAUGUUCUGUUCAGAGACCUUGUAGGCUUCAUACGCAAGUUGGGUGUUACCCACCUUAGCAUGACUCCCUCGGUCGCUGCCCUCGUGCAUCCAGACAACGUUCCGGGCGUGAAGAUGCUGGUGACUGCGGGGGAGCCAAUGAAUUCAAAGGUGUUCGGCAAUUGGACUGACCGUGGUCUAUACCAAGGCUAUGGUCCGAGCGAGACAACCAAUAUAUGCAACGUUCGACCUAAAGUAGCAAGAGUGGAUGUUUCGAACAAUGUUGGCCCUGCCUUUCCCAAUACCUCCCUGUUCAUCUGCAGACGACAUUUAAUCAGCUCUGUAAAUGCAGCUGAUAGAGGUCAGACCGAUAUUGAGUCAAUAUUCUUCCCCGUGCCAAAGGGCGGAGUCGGCGAAGUCUGGAUCGGUGGAGAGCAGGUUGGACGUGGGUAUAUCGAUCCUGACCUAACAGCAAGAAGCUUCUUCGACCAUCCACAGUAUGGUCGACUGUACCGCUCGGGAGACUUUGGAAGACUUUUAGCAGAUGACACCCUCGUUGUCCUUGGUCGUGAAGACGACCAGGUCAAGCUUCGAGGCCAGCGGAUUGAGCUAGGUGAAAUCAGCUCGUCGCUAGUCAAGAGCCCAAAAGUCCUAGAUGCGAUUUCGUUCAUCAUCACAAAGGAAGGGCGAAAUUCCAGACUUGUCUGUUUCUGGGCCCCCCAGACGCCCGCAAAAGCUGAUGAUGCUUCCCAAAUCACAAGGUCGCUUUUCGAUCACUUAGCAAGCUCGUUACCUGGCUACAUGGGUAAGGUCGACCGUCGGGCGUUGAUCGACAGAUACAUUGGAAUGAGCACAGAAGACUUACAAAAGGCCUCGAGGGACAGCGACGAAUCCGAGGAUGUGGCUGAAAUGUCUGAAUCGGAAUCUUUGGUCGCUCAGGCUUUGGCCGAUGCUCUCGGUGUCCCUCUCAAGUCAAUUACCCGCAGGACUUCAUUCUACGCUCUCGGGAUGGACUCGAUCAGCGCAGUAAAAGUGGCUCAACGACUUCGAUCGCAUUUUCCAGCCGUGGAAGUAUCUACUAUCUUACGGAAUGCAUCAAUUGGCCAACUGACUUCAUGGCUGGCACUCGAUCGAACAGAGGCAGGUGGAUCAGAUGAUCAGCGCUUCGAUCACUUCCUCGAUAACAAAAUAAGAGCUAAGGCGGUCGAUACUUACUCUCGUUUCGGAUUACGAGUGGAGAAGAUCCUACCGUGCACACCUCUCCAAGAGUCCAUGGCGAGUGGCUCGUUGGCGCCCGGGUCUACUGCAUAUUACAACUCACUACACUUUGCAGUUCACGGCAGCUUGUCACGGCUGAAAGACGCAUGGUCAAAAGCAAUGUACAGGCAUGACCUCCUCAGAACCGGGUUUAUCUCACUAGACUCCGCUGAGAGCCCAUUUGUGCAAGUGGUCUUGGGGGAAUACCAUCUACCCUGGCAGGAUGAAGGCAGUGCAAAGGAGGCCCCGCAGCAAGACGACGCUUUGGUUCUUCCACCAUGGAAGUUGGUCGCGAGCAAAACAGACACGCACACUAAGGAACUGAGGUUCGACAUUCACCACGUUCUCUAUGACGCCGAGGCUAUGUCCAUUCUCCUCGACGAAAUUCAGUCGUUAUAUCACAAUCGACCCCUUCCACCUCCGGUGCCAUUUGACAAUUAUCUUUCAUUAUUGGAAAGCACAAAAACUGAUGCCACCGAUCAAUUUUGGAGUCAGAAGCUUCGGAAUGCCACGAGCUGUAAGCUGGGCGACCUUAUUAUGACUGAAGAUCGACACAAAGGCGUGCAAACAUCGAUUGCUGGCCGGGAUGCUUCUUUGAGUCUUUCGGCUUUCCAAAACUGCGUUCGAAGACUGUCUUCAACGCCUCUAGCGGUCUUUCAGGCUGCUUGGACUCGUUUACUCUCGUGCAUAUUCCAGGUACAGGACGUUUGCUAUGGUAAUGUCCUAAGCGGGCGGAACUUGCCUAUCGACGGUAUUGACAGGAUUGUCGCGCCAUGUUUCAAUACUGUUCCAAUCCGAUUACAGUUUGGUCGUGAAGCGACGAACGCUGACUUGUGCAAUGAUCUUCAGCAAGAGAACGUUGAGCUGUUGCCAUACCAGCCGAGCUCACUGCGUCGGAUCCAGCGGCAGAAUAUUGCACAUGGUGGAGCAUUGUUCGACACCCUAAUCCUGCUACAGCAGGAAGAGGUGCAGCUGGACGAAGGUAUCUGGUCCCAAGUUCAUGAAUCAGGAGACAUGUCCUUUCCCUUCAUCCUAGAGAUAGUCAUGGACAUGGCAACUGAUCAUAUACACCUCAAGCUGCAUUCAGAGGUUGCAGGUGAACGUGUGUUGACCCAGCUGCUAGCAUGCUUUGACACUCUCCUUCAGCAUACGGCAAAGUACCCGCAAUCUCGGGCGUUGGACUUCGCUGUCAUCGCUGGGAAACUAUCGAAGCUCAAGCCAUUCGAAAAGUCAUCUCGCCCAGUCCAAACACUGGCUGAGAACCAUGUCAAUGGGUUCGAGCCGCUCUCAGAUGUCGAAACUUUGGUCAAGGACACUAUCAUGCAACUCAAACCUGACGUCUCGGCCAUGAUUCGCAAAAAUACUACCAUAUUCCAUUUGGGAUUGGACAGUAUCAACGCUGUGCAAAUAGCAGCAAGGCUUCGUAAGAGUGGUUACAACAUUUCAAGCGCAGACGUUCUGGAAGCUGCCAGUAUCGACCAGAUUGCGGCGGCAUGUGAGUCAAACAGUCAGCAACCGAGUGAGCCAGCGACAUUCGACCUCGCCGCAUUUGACCAGAGAUAUCGCGAGAGAUUGUGCGCAGACAACAACAUCAAUGGAGCUGCUGUUGAAUCAUUCCAACCAUGCACCCCAACUCAGUCAGGGAUAUUGUCGCAAUUCUUGCGUUCGGAUGGUAAUUUGUAUCUCAACUCAGUCCACUUCGUCCUCGAGAAAGGAGUGGACGUCCGGAACUUGAAGGAGGCUUGGACAACCGCACAGAGUUUGCAUGAAAUGUUGCGAACUGGAUUCGUCGAGACAGAACAAGCGGACACUCCCUUCGUCAUGGUGACUUACAGUGCAGAUGCUGUCCAGCUCCCCUGGGUUGAGAAUGUACAGAAGCCAUCCGCUGGCAGUCUUCCCACAGGUCAGCAAGUUAAGCUUCCACUUAUCCAUCCACCGUGGCAGCUAUCAUUGGACAGCAAAGAAGGCACGGCGACCCUUGAGAUUACUAUGUUACAUGCGCUGUACGAUGCGCAGUCCCUGAAUAUCAUACUCCGAGAUGUCGCUGGGAUAUAUAGCGGCAAGAGGCCUCCCAACAUGACUCCACCGUCCACAACUAUCUCCAGGAUCUUGGCCAUGAGCAACGAAGAGAGAUCGCAGGACUUUUGGAAGGAAGUGCUACCCGACCUCUGUCCGACUCGAUUUCCUGACAUGAGGAUAUACUUCAACGAUGCUCAAAGCUUCGGUGUUGCGUCAAAACAGUGUACUUUGUCUCGCUCUGCCCUGGAGAAAGCCUGCGCCGAUAUUGGUGCCAGCAUACAAGCUGUAUGUGCGGCUGCAUGGUCCCUCAUUUUGUCCGCCUACACGGGCCAGGAUUCAGUGACCUUUGGCAUCAUUCUGUCUGGCCGAGAUUUUGAUACCGAGGAGGAGAAUGAAGUCGCUUUCCCAUGCAUCAACACGGUUCCGUUCGCGACCAAGAUUUCGCAAGAUCUCCAAGACCACCUGAUGCGUUGCUCCAAGCGCUGUGCAGGGAUACUAAGGCAUCAGCACACUCCGAUAAGCUCGAUCAAGCGCUGGGCUGGGGUCGAGGGUGAGCUUUUCGAUACUGUUCUCGUACUGCAAAAGUACAACUCCGAAGGGGGUCCAGAUAGGCCGUGGAAGCUCGUCCAAGAUGAAGCUUCUGCUGAGUACGCAGUAUCGCUGGAGAUCAUACCGGACGAUGAGGACAUUAGCCUCCAGCUCACAUUUCGAGAGAAUGUCCUCCCACCGGAGCAGGCAACUUAUGUUUUGGACGAGUUCAACAUGGUGGUUGAGAAGACCCUAGGCUUUGGAGUUGAUGAGCCAAAGGAAAUGUCCAGUUCCUUGAUGUCCGUAGUGGCUCCUGCUGAUGAUCGUAUCGAAACGGAGAUACGCUAUCUACAUGAGUUUGUCGAGGUGAUGGCAAAGCAGAAGCCAGACAAGAUCGCUCUCGAGUUUGUGACCAGCAUACAAGCAGAGACAUUUGAGAAACGAGAAUGGACGUAUGCGGAGCUGGAUUUCAAAGGCAAUCUGAUCGCUCAGCUUCUGCAAAGUAGGAACGCGGAAGUCGGAGACCUGGUAGCCAUAUGCUUUGACAAAUGUCCGGAGGCCUCCUUUGCCAUCUUGGGAAUCCUGAAAGCGGGGUGUGCCUAUCUUGCGAUCGAUCCAGGAGCCCCCAAAGCGAGGAAAGAGUUCAUUCUUCAAGAUUCAAGCUGCAAAAACGUGCUCACCACAAGUGACAAGGUCUCAGAAUUCCCUUCUUCACCGGAUAUAUCAGUGCUUGCGCUAGACACCAUCGACUGGUGUGUGGUGCUCAGCAAGAGGCCCAGGUCAUCAAGGGAACUGAGUCCGCAGGACACAUGUUAUUGUCUUUACACCUCUGGCACGACCGGGACACCAAAGGGCUGUCUGAUCAGUCAUGAUAGUGCCGUCCAGGCAAUGCUGGCCUUUCAGCGCAUUUUUCAGGGUCGUUGGAAUGAGUCGUCGCGCUGGCUACAAUUCGCAUCCUUCCAUUUUGACGUCAGUGUUCUCGAGCAAUAUUGGAGCUGGAGUGUUGGCAUCUGUGUCACAUCCGCUCCUCGAGAUCUUCUGUUCGAAGAUCUUCCAGCCACCAUCCGGACGCUCAAAAUCACACAUCUGGAUCUGACCCCUAGUUUGGCACGAUUACUUACGCCAGAGGAUGUGCCGGGUUUGUGCGAAGGCGUUUUCAUUGUCGGCGGCGAGCAAGUCAGUCAGGAUAUCUUGGAAACCUGGGGAGCUGCUCAAUGUUUGUACAAUUUCUACGGUCCAAGCGAAGUUACUAUCGGCUGCACGGUGCAUCAAAACGUCCCCAAGAAAGCCAAACCAACAAACAUCGGCCAGCAAUGGGAUAAUGUGGGGUCAUUUGUGAUGGGGCCCAACUCACAGAGACCUGUUCCUCGCGGAGCCGUUGGUGAACUCUGCUUGUCCGGAGUUUUGGUCGGGAAGGGCUACCUCAAUCGGCCUGAUCUCACAGCACAGAAAUUCGUCACUCUGGCUGGGUCUCAGACCAGGGUGUAUCGCACCGGUGACCUUGUCCGUCUCUUGCAUGAUAACAGCUUCGACUUCUUGGGCAGAAUUGAUGAUCAAGUCAAGCUUCGAGGACAGAGAUUGGAGAUUGGCGAAAUCAACCAUGUGGCGAUGAGUGCCGAUCCUGCUAUGAAAGAUGUAGCAACCAUGGUGCUGGAACACCCGAAACAGCAGAGGGAGCAGCUUGUGACCUUCUUCUCCGCUGCUCAGCGCAGGACGACACGAGAAAAGCCGACUAUCAUCUCGAAUGCCGAAACCCGAGCCUUGAUAGAAGCCAUCAAAAAGAGGUGCUCGGACAGCCUUCCGCCCUACAUGGUUCCGACACACUACCUGGCAGUCUCCUCCUUGCCACUAUCGGUCAACAACAAGGUUGAUCACAAAGCACUGAAAGCUCUGUACGAGACGAGUGGGCUCGAUCCGAAGUCAUCAUCAGUAAACCAAGAAGAAGACUUCAAGACAGACAACCCAAGGAGCAUGUCCAAAGUGAUAGAGGUGCUCGCGGAGUUCUUGCAGGUCUCUACAUCCAGCAUCAAGCCCACUUCAAGACUCUUCGAGCUGGGAUUGGACUCUGUAGCGGCGAUCGGACUUGCUAGGACUCUCAGAAAGAGAGGUUUCGAGAAUUCCAACGUGGCCACAAUACUUAAGCACCCUGUCGUGUCCGACCUGGCACGAACUCUGGAUCAGAAAUCUGGAAAUGAUCAAAGCCAGAUGGUCGCAGCUGCACAAACGCGCAUCGACGCGUUUGCAAAGACCCACCGUCACGCGAUCCUUCAAGCCUUGGGAGUCGGAGACGACCAGAUCGAGCAUAUUGCACCCUGCACUGCGUUGCAGGAAGGCAUGGUCUCCAGAGUCAUGCGCAGUGAGCCUGGCGAUACUACCUAUUUCACAUCCUUGCAAUUCGGACUCAACCCCGGAAUCGAUCUUGCCCGACUGAGACAGGCAUGGACUGCUGCACAGCGUUCAAUAGGGAUUUUGAGGUCCUACUUUGUCUCUACGACAGAUGGCUUUGCGCAAGUAAUCCUGCGAGAGGGCCUCAGUGAUGCAAUCCCUGAAUUGGUCAAAUCUGAUAAUCAUGAGGUUGAUGCGCUUUUACACUCGUCAUUCGUACAAUGGGCCACCUCCACCAAAUCCUUUUCAAAGUCAAGCCUCUGGAGGAUGCGCAUUGUUGAGUCCAAUCACACCAGUUACAUGAUCCUUGACAUCUUUCAUGGCCUCUACGACGGAAUCAGCCUUUCGUUACUCUUGGACCGAGUCCGACUUCACUAUGUCCACCCUGAGGAGGGUAUCAAAUCCGACAAGCAAUUCUAUGAGGCACUUCCUUAUGGUCCACUAUGUGUGAUGCCGGACGAGGAGCAGUUCUGGUCGUCCAGACUUGCCAAUAUCGAGCCAUUUAAGCUGCCUCUGACCCCUCCGGACACCCAGAUGCAAGGACAAGCAGUCAGCGCGCAUGUUCAAAUACCUCUUGAGGCUGUUCAGGGUCUAUCCCAGCGACUGAACGUCACAACUUCCGCGAUCUUUCAAUCUUCAUGGCUAUACACCUUACAAAAGCAGUUCAAGGCCAGACCUGCCAUGAGCGUGGUGGUAUCAGGGCGGUCUUCAGCUAAUGGGGAUUUCGAGAAUGUGAUCGGUCCCAUGUUCAAUACCAUACCUUUCGCAAUAAGUGGCCUCCGGGAGGGAUCGACAGUUGUGGACCUUGUUCGGGCCUGUCAUCAUCUGAGUGUUGACGCCCUGCCGUAUCAACAUACACCAUUGCGAAAGAUUGCAAGGUACCUGAAAGCAGACGUCAAUUCACCCUUGUCCGACAGUUUGUUCGUGUGUCAAAUGUCACGCGGACAGCCUACCGAGAGCGUCCUUUGGAAGGAAUUAUCAUCUGAAAGCCAGCCGGAUUACCCCCUCAAUACCGAAGUCGAACAAGAUGAAUCAGCUUUCACGGUCACCGUUGUUGCAAAACCUGAGUACCUCGACGAGCUCGCGAUCAAAGGCCUACUCAGCACCUAUCUCGAGGUUGUGCAAGGCAUCGGAAAGGCGGAGAUGCUGCUACCUGAGGACUUCUGCGGAUCAGCACGAACAGCUUCCGUCAAGGACGUCGCAGAGGGAAAGCAAAUCGGACAUGGUGGCCUCACCGAAGAUGACGAAUGGACCGAUAUCCAGCUCGCUGUGCGAGACCAGGUCGCCAACCUAGCCUCGGUCAGUAGGGAAGUAAUUCACCCGCACAAGCCAAGCAUAUUCGAGUUGGGACUGGAUAGCAUUGAGGCAAUGAAGCUUGCAGCCCGGUUGAGAACUGUGGGCGUGAAAGUCCCGGUGAGCGCCAUCAUGAGAUUUCCGACCAUCGCAGGCAUCGUGCAAGCGGCACAAAUUGAAGGAUCCAAUAAGACCGAGGACUCCGAAAGGUCACUCUCAGCCCUGAUGAACGCAGAGCAACAGAGAGAACUCAGGGGCAUGCUGCAGGAUCAAGGCGUCAGCCUGGAUGACAUGGAGAUCGUUCUACCAGUCACGCCAAUGCAGGAAGGCUUACUUGCCGAAUCUCAGAAAUAUCUCAACGUCAUGGCCUUUAGACUGAACAAGGAAACCGAUGUCCCACGACUGACAAGGGCAUGGGAAACAGCCGUACAGACACAGCCUAUACUGAGGACUCGAUUCACAGCAAACGAGAGAUCUGACAAUGAUGCCGCCUUCGUCCAGUACGUGUCGAAGCAUGGGGCGGGCAUGAAGGUCGUUAAGGACAUGGAGCUUACGGACGUUGUCCGAAGCCUGAGAGAAGACGCUACGUAUCAAGAGUUGAAUUCGGCAACCUUCCAAGCACGAAUCAUCACCACCCGAGACGGAGCAGGAUUUCUGGUACUGUCAAUGCCACAUGCAAUGUACGAUGCGUGGUCGUUACAUCUUCUGCAUCAGGAAGUUUCAAGACUAUACCGGGACCGGUCACCAAGUGACCACCAGGACGAAGUCGCCACCAUUGAUUAUCAGGCUCAUCUUCAAGAGGUCUUGCAGCAGUCGAGGAGCCUCCCAGCGCAAACUUUCUGGCAGCAUCAACUAUCGGAUCUCCGAUCAAGCCUAUUCCCAGGGAAUGUGGGCGACGAGCACCCGUCCGCACGGAGUCUGUUGCUCCAGACGAUGUCCAAAGCUAGCUUGACGAAGGUCCUCAAGUUCUGCAGGGAGCAAAGCGUCACACUUCAAUCUCUGGGACUUGCAUGUUGGACGACAGUCCUCGCCCAUUACGCCCGCCAACUCGACGUAUGUUUUGGUCUGGUGCUGUCCGGACGCACGACGCAGGACUCAGACCGCCUCGUCUUCCCUACAUUCAACACUGUGCUUUUCCGACCUAAUAUCAACGGGAUCAGCACCAAGGCUGAAGUUCUACGGAAAGUGCACGACGUAGCGGUGCGGGUUUCGGAGUUCCAGCACUUCCCAUUGCGCAACGCCGUGCAGUACGCUCGAGAGCAAGGAGCCGCUCCUCAAGUUUUCGACUCGUUGUUCACCUUCCAGAAGCUGCCGGACGCGGAGAACCAACUGCUGACGUUGUAUGAUGAAGUCGCCAACCAUGACAACGUCAUCAAACCUCCUUAUCCGGUCAAUAUCGAACUGGAAGGCAGUCAAGGUGCCCUCUCGUGGACUGUUGCCUUCCAGGAAGGAGUCGCUACAAGCGAAUCUGGCGAGGAAUUGCUGUUCAAGCUGGAUGCGGUCCUGUGGUCGUUCAUGAGCAGCCCCCAGCAGCCCGUCUUACAGCACCUUGAUGAUCAGGUGUGCAUUUGCGGGUUACCUGCAAUAACCUUCCGCGAGACCGGAAAAAACGAUCUUAAGCUCGAUGACAUGCACGCCGAUAGUGCUGAAAUAUGGUCCGACCUGGAAAGUACAAUCAGAAAGAUACUCGCCGAAGUCUCGCAUACAGAUCCUGAUACGAUAAGAAAGACGACCGGUAUCUUUCACCUGGGUUUGGACAGUGUUAGUGCUAUCAAGGUCUCGAGUAUAUUGAGGAAACAAGGACUUAGGCUGCCUGUCAGCGAGAUCGUCAAGCUGCAAACAAUUGAGAAGAUGGCGGCCUCGGUACAAUCAUCAAAGAAGGAAAUUGGCGGACCCGAGUCCGUUGUGAGCAACAAGCACGGAGAUGAUAGACUGUCUCGAAUCGAUCCAAGUGCGACAGGCAUACCCGAGGAGGAUCUUGAAGCAGUUCUUCCCUGCACUGCCGGCCAGCUUUAUAUGCUUGACAUGUGGGCUGCUAGCGGUGGUCGACUGUUCUACCCAACCUUUUGGCUUCAUGUCUCAGGGGCCAACACGGAGACACUCCAGAACGCACUCAACAACCUCACUAGACGUCUGCCAAUAUUGAGAACGAAAUUCGUCAACUACAUCGCCGAUGGACAAUUGCGGAUUGUGCAAGUUGUUUUCAAGAGCGACACUGCUCAAAGGUACAAGCUGCCAUGGUCCUAUCGGAUCAGCGAUUCUGCCAACGGCCUAAUCCUCACUGUUCGGAUCCAUCAUGCUCUGUACGAUGCAGUAAGCUUUGGGCUCAUCGUGUCCGAGAUUGAAAAGGUAUACCGGAAUGACAGCCCCUCGUCUCAGGCCCAGACCCAAUUCGACGAGUUUAUUGACAGGACCUUCUCGGGUUCAGCAAUGGUGAAAGACUUCUGGGUUAGCCAUCUAGCUUCAGGACAUCGCACCUACAAGCCCAUGGGAAAAGGAUCAUUUGAGGCGAACAGGAUUGAGAAAUUCGAGCCUCGAGUCCUGCACACCGGCCAAUUGACUGAAAAGCUGAAGAUACACGGCAUCACCAUCCAAGCAUUGUUUUUCGCCGCAUACGCCGGGAUAUAUGCAGCUUUACCACGUGACCAAAGUGGCAACGAACAGACCGACGUAAUCGUGGGCAUCUAUCUCGCCAACAGGUCUUUGGAUAUCGAAGGUCUCGACGAGUUGAACGCUCCGACCUUCAAUAUUGUCCCACUGAGGAUCCGAGUGACCGGAUCUCUGCUGGACAUUGCUCAACAAGUACAACAUGAUCUAGGUGAAAUCACGAGGAUGGGCAACUGCUCAGUAAGCAUGAGAGACAUAUGGGCUUGGACCAAGGUGAAGGUCGACACGUAUAUCAAUUUCCUUUCAUUGCCACAACGGGGACGGGAGGGAUCUGGUACUUCGGCGACCGCUGGUGGUCAGGAAGUGAGAGUGACACAUGCACAAUUAAGUCCCAAUGAGAAGGAUCGUCUUGGAGCGGUCGAGGGAGCGUCACCUUUUGAGGACAAUGAAGGCAUGCUGACAGAUGCGGCUGAAUGGUGCCUGCCGGCAAUUGAUGUCGAAGCAAGGGUUUCGGACGGUCAUCUCGGGAUCGGUAUCUUUGCGCCUGAGGAUAUGCUUUCGGCAAAUCAGGCUGAAAAUAUUUUGGAGGACAUGAGAAGAAUGUCGAUGGAUUUUGCUGUCAUGAUGCGAGCAACAUACAAGCACGAUCAUCCACUGACCAAGAAGGCGAAGAAGCAUCCUCAGUCACCACCUCUUCAUCUCCAUUUCCAGCAAGUCGAAACAUUCGUAGUCCUGCAAGGAUCGGUCGGCCUCACAAGUACGUGGUCCGCCACUGACACUUUCCACAACGCAAAGAAUACCGGCGAAUCCAAUCCGCAUGUCAUCGACACUUGGGUACCACACGGCUUCUUCCCUGACCCGAACGCCACGGAAGACACAGUGAUCAUUGCCUGGGCUCAUCCCGACGACAAGGCGGACAACAUGAUGGAUAGAUUAUUCUUCCAAACGCUUCUUAUGUACGUCAGCGACGUUUCGGAGGGGAAGGAGAAGAUGAGCAUCCUGCAAAUCAUGUUAACUCAACACGUUAGCGAGACAGCUCUUAUAUGGUUCCCGAGGGCGUGGUUUCUGGGCCCGCUGCGCUGGUGGAUACCGCUACAAAUGCAAGCUGCGUGCGCAAAGAUCGCGACGUGGCAGGGUAUGAAGCCGCUGAUGCAGCAAUAUCUAUCCCCAGAGGAUUGGAAAGCGGCGCAAGGGCGGAUGACCGGAACGAAGGUAAAGGCGGCAUAA